AGGAGGAGCAAAGUAAAGGAUGGGAAGAACAAAGUGAUGCCCGGUUUGUGACCAGACACAAGGAUCACCUCAUUCAGAAGGUUUCCGGGGGGGAAUCCAUAGCAUCUGAGCUGCACCAGAAGGACUUGAUCCCUGAUGAGAUGAACUCUCAGAUCAGUGCUGCCGGGACCAGCCAGGACCAGAUGAGACUGUUGUUCAAGGCCCUAGAAGAAGCAGAAGACACAACAAGAGUGAAAUCUACAUUUUACAAGAUUCUACUGGAUCUGGAACCUGACGUUGUCAAAGACCUGAAUGUAAAUAAGAUGAAGGCCCCCAAGAAGCUCAGGAAAGAGAACGAGAAGCUCAGGAAAGAGAACGAUGAACUCAAAGAAAAGCUGAGGAAAGCUGAAGAAACCAACCAAUCCCUCUCCACCUCUCCAGGUGGUCAACAGAAAACACAGACUCCUUCCCAAAAGUCUGAGGGGAUUGAAGGGAUGGAGAUGGAGUCUUUACCAGGGAGGAAGUCUGGUCCUGGUCCAGGGAGGAAGUCUGCUCCUGAGAUGGAGUCUUUACCAGGGAGGAAGUCUGCUCCUGAGAUGGAGUCUUUACCAGGGAGGAAGUCUGCUCCUGAGAUGGAGUCUUUACCAGGGAGGAAGUCUGCUCCUGAGAUGAAGCCUUUACUGGCUGCUGGACCACAGAAGGAAGAUCUGUAUGAUCUGGAGAGGGGAGGAAGAGAUACUACAGAAUUUAACUAUAGAGAGACAAUACCUUCAGGGAGGAAGUCUGGUCCAGAGAAGGAGAUGGAGAUGAAGCCUUUACUGGGUCCUGGACCACAGAAGGAUGAUCUGGAUGAGCUGGAGAGGGGAGGAAGAGUUACUACAGAAUUUAACUAUGUGCUAUAGGGUUACUAUAGAGAGACUAUAACUAUAGAGCUGAGUUACUAUAGAGAGACUAUAACUAUAGAGCUGAGUUACUAUAGAGAGACUAUAACUAUAGAGCUGAGUUACUAUAGAGAGACUAUAACUA